AGGUUCACACGUAAAUGAAAACUUGGAGACGCCCACCGCAACAGGAAUCGAGUUCAGUUAGUUUCUAAUUUAGAACCAACCACCCAAUCCAAAUAGUAGUAGGUGGAAAAAAUUCCCAUUCGUCUGGUGUUAUGGCCGGGGAAGGAAGGUGCGACGGAGUCAUUGAGGCACAUUCCAUAUCAUCCAACUCGAACUUCAAUAGCAUAGGGCACGUAUUGCCGUAGAUCUAUCUGAAGAAUAGAUCCCCUGCCCCUGCCCCUGCCCCUACCCCUACCAUUCGGCACGCACUUCGGUCGCGGAUUUGGCGCCCACUCGACCUACAUUUCGCGCUAUCAACAUGAUUUUUUGGUCCUCUUCUUCUGCUUUAUUUGAGCAAUUUCUGUGCACGUGGUUUUGCAUGAUAAUUUGGCUUGAUCAUGUGGGUCGGGCAAUUGUAGGUGGUGAUAGUGGGAGUUGUUGGAGUUGGUGGCGUUGGUGGCGUUGGCAGAGGCCGACGUUCUCCUCUGUCUCCUAGAAUCGCUCUGCAAAAUGCGGCGGUUGUUGUAGGAGUCAGAGAAUGCGUCGUAAAGGAUCUAUUCCUCGCAGUUGGGUUUCAUUGAGUCCGCGAUUCAGUGGCGAAUUGUGAGAAUCUUGACGUACAGAUACGGCGGAGAUGCGAGGGAUAGGUUAGGUGGGAUUUCGGAAUAGCGAGGAGAAAUGGGUUCUCAUUUAGGGAAUGUGCUAUUGUGUCGUUUUUUUUCGGAUAAUGUGCAGCAAGGCCACCCCUGUAUGAUUCUGUUGAAUCUGCUUCAAAACUUGAACCGACUGCAAUGUAAGCCCAAGGAAUUGAAUAGUGAUGUUUGGCUUUCAGAGACAGAGUUGUAAAUUUGGGGUGUAGCAAGUCUCGUGGAGCCAUUCUCAAUGUGCACUUGAAUGUAAUCCAGCUGGGAUCUUGCUCCGAUGUUCAAUGCGCCUCGGAUCACACCUUAUACUAUACAGCUAGAAUGCUGAUUUCAAGAACUCUCCUGUGUAUAUUAUGAGAUGGAUUGCAGUCUUUUCGUCACUCGGUACACCAACUGGUGAACACAAGUUUUGAGUUAGAUCCAUUGGUAGGAGAGUGCUUUAGGUUUGUGAUCUGCAUUGAUCAAUGCAUCUCAGGAUUCAGAGAUUUUUCGAGCCCAGAGUAUCUGCGGUUGUCCUCGAAACGUUGCGUUCACUAUGAUGCUAUGCAAGCUGACACGUGAUGAACGCUAGAAUUUCGCUUUGGAAACCGAAACCUCAUGAAUUGUCUUCAGAGUUUUUGACUCCGAAAAAAAAGCAUGUGGUUGUAGGGUUGCUUUGGCUACAAAGAGUCUCUGUUUCAUUUCACCUCAAUUGCUCUACAGAGCUUACUUCAGGUCCUUGUUGGCGACUGGUUCCCGCUGGGACUGCCCUUAGAAAAUGAUGAGAGUAGGUUCUCUGUCUCAGAGCAGGUUGCCUACAUCGUCACGAUUCUCUAGAAGUGCUGAGAAGGCUGCGUAUGAGAUGAGGAAGCUGAUGCAAGUAUCGCUUUCUGUGUCCAACAUGGAACAGAGAUGGAUUCUGUCAUUGUUGGCCAGUGCCAUGAUCUCUAUUGCACUCCUACUACUAGCAAAUCUCACAUGGGGAUUCCGUGGCUAUCAACCUGUUCUCUCGGUGCAACGAAGCAGAUAUUCUAAUCAGCUUCAAAGUACUCUAGAGAUUACCAACAAUAGGACAAUGGCUAUCCUGCCGCCUCCACCCAAGCUUGCGUACUUGAUAUCAGGCACUAAAGGUGACGGUCGCCGGAUGCAACGAUUACUUCGGGCCUUGUACCACCCCCACAAUUAUUAUCUUCUCCACUUGGAUCUUGAAGCACCCAUGCGUGAACGCGCGGAGUUGGUGUGGCAUGUGAAGAAACAGCUCGUGUACGAAGAGGUGAUGAAUGUAUUCGUGAUUGGGAAGUCUAAUUUGGUGACAUACAGAGGACCAACAAUGGUCGCUGCAACGUUACAUGGAGCCGCUAUCUUGCUCAGAAAAGCCAAGGAUUGGGAUUGGUUCAUUAAUCUGAGCGCAUCGGACUAUCCUCUGGUCACUCAAGAUGAUCUUCUUCACGUUUUCUCAUACUUGCCAAAGGACCUCAAUUUCAUCGAGCAUACAAGUGCUUUAGGUUGGAAAGAGUUCCAGCGAGCGAGGCCCAUCAUCAUGGACCCUGGACUGUAUCAAAAAAAAAAAACUAACAUCUAUUGGACUACACAGAAGCGGGCCUCACCAUCUGCAUUUCGUUUGUUUACAGGCUCAGCAUGGAUCGCACUAACACGCUCAUUCAUGGAGUAUUGCAAUGUGGGUUGGGACAACCUCCCACGCACGGCAUUGAUGUAUUAUACAAACUUUUUGUCGUCCCCUGAAGGCUACUUUCAGACUGUAAUAUGCAACAGCAGAGAAUUUCGCAACACAACUGUCAAUCAUGAUCUGCACUUCAUCGCAUGGCACAAUCCUCCCCGGCAACACCCAAUAACCCUCUCCUUUACUUUCUAUCGCAACAUGACCAAGAGCGGCGCACCUUUUGCCCGGAAAUUCGACAAGGGCAGUGCAGUGUUGGAUAAAAUUGACAGAGAAAUACUUAAUCGGAGAAUGAAUGAAUUCACUCCGGGUGGUUGGUGUAUAGGCUUAAAUGACGAUCCGUGUGGAGUUCGAGGAGAUCCCACUUUAUUGAGACCUGGACCAGGUUCACGCAGGUUUGAAGAGCUUGUGGUACGACUCCUCGCACAUCCGAACUUCCGGUCACAGCAAUGCGUGGGUACUUGAACCAGGAUUUCUAGAUAUUCAGGCUGUUUUACAGAUUUUAUAAAGAUCCUUCUGCACAGUGCCCUCAUCCAGGCUAGCGAAGCUGAGCAGGUCGUAGAGGUGCUUGCUGUGAUCAUAGUCACCUGCAUACAAAAUACAUGAUACAGGACCGAGAACGUGGUAACCAUGUGUGGAUUAGAAAAUGAAAUACUUGGGAAAUGGACAGAUGAGCUCAAAGCUGAAUUGUGAUAUUUUGUCCAACAAUCAGCAUGAAAUCAUUUGAACGCUUUCCUGAUUCGCACAGGUCUCGAGUCAAAUAACCCUGCAGCUCAAGCAUUUUUUUAAUUUCAUAUAGUUAUUGUGAUUCUUUUUCUAGUAAGUUGUUGAUGAGUUGAGUUUGCGAGAAAUGUUCUUAGGGAGUUGAGAGUCAAAUUUACUUGGCUAUUAUUGUGCAAUUCUGGUCAUGGACCUAGAAUGCUCUUCGUGAUCAGUAAAAGUUUCGAGUUGUGGAA